AUGUCAGAAUCCUUCAGCAGCGCCGUCCGCCUGGGGGCGCUCGAUGACUAUCUAACCCCAGCACAGGAAUGUGUAUUACCUCUGCUGCAUGCGGCGCCAGAGAAAAACACAACAGACACAGAACCUGCUGCUGCUGCUGCUGCUGCUGCUCUUUCUGUUGGUACCCGACAGAGGCCAGCAACAGCAGCGGGGCGCCGGAGGGCCCAACGGCGAACAGCAGCAUCAGACGCUGCUGCGCCAGCAGCAGCUGCUGCAGCAGCAGCAGCAGCAGCACCUGCAGCAACAGCAAAAGCAGCGAAUGCAACAGCAGCAGAAAACCCGGUUGCUGUAUCUGCUUCAGUGCCGCAUGAUGAGGUGAAGCCCCUAAGAGAAGCCGUAUCCUCCAAGCCAAUAGCCUCACCACCAGCAGCAGCAGCACCACCAGCAGCAGCAGCAGCAGCACCAGCAGCAGCAGCAGCAGCAGCAGCAGCAGCAGCAGCAGCAGAAGGCCUGAUUCCUGUGGGGAAAAUAUCGCUGUCGGACUGUCUGAGCUGCAGCGGCUGCGUGACGUCUUCUGAAGGAAUUUUGUUGAGCCGUCAAUCGACGGAUCAGUUGCUUUCUCUUUUGGCUCGCAAACGCAGCUGGGGUGUACGUACACCUCACGGUGUACAUACACCCCAGGGUGUACAUACACCUCAGGCUGUACAUACAGCUCAGGCUGUACAUACACCCCAGGGUGUACAGGCAGCUCAGGGUGUACAGGCAGCUCAGGGUGUACAUACAGCUCAGGGUGUACAGACAGCUGAGGGUGUGGGGCUUUCACCGUUUGAGGGUGUUGGUCCUCGUGUGGUGGUGGUGUCUCUGAGUUCUCAGUCUAUUGCAGCAGCAGCGCAGCAGUUUGGUUGUUCUGCUGCUGCUGCUGCUGGGCGCUUAUCUUACCUCUUUCGGUGCCUGGGGGCUGACUUUGUCUUCUCUAUGACAGCAGCAGAAGCCCUCGCUCUCUUAGAAACCCAAAAAGAGUUUAUAGGCAGGCUCAGAAAACACCAACAAAACAUGCAAACACAAACUGCAGCAGCAGCAGCAGCAGCAGCAGCAGCAGCAGAGGGACAAGCAGCUGCAGCACAAAAAGAUCCAGGGGAUCCUGCUGCUGCUGCUCCUGCUGCUGCUGCUGCUGUAAAUCCUCCUGCUGCUGCUGAUGCUGCAAACAAACUACAACCAGAAACACCACAGCAAGCAGCAGAAGCAACAGAAGCAGCAGCAGCAGCAGCAGCAACAGCACCACCACCACCCCGAGCAGGAGCAGCACCCGUAUCAGCAGCCCAACCAGCCGCCGCCGCCGCCGCCGCCGCAGCAGCAGCAGCAGCAGCAGCAGCAGGAGUGUGUGGAUAUAAUAUAAUAGAUAAAACGUUGAUGAGUUCAGGAGGUGCUGCUGCUGCAGGGGUUGUUGAUGAUGGCAGCAAAAAGGCAGAGAGGAGAGAUAAGGGGUGUGCCCCCUGGGAUCUCCUUCGACUGCUGCUGCAGCACUCACCGUAUACGUGCUACGCAGAAGCAGCAGCAGCAGCAGCAGCAACAGCAGCAGCAGCAGCUGGAAAAACUACAGCACCUCAAGGAGCAGCAUCUAAAGCAGAUGCAGCAGAAGCAAACGCAGCAGCAGCAGCAGCAACAGCAGCAGCAGCAGCAGCCAGGCUUGGCCGCUGUGGGGGGUUGGCCCCUGAGGAUAUUCUGCACGUCUGCUUGAUGCCUUGCUACGACAAGAAGCUGGAGGCCGCUCGCCCGGACUUUGAACACAGAGAGAAGCAGCAGCAGCAGCAGCAGCAGCAGCAGCAGCAGCAGCAGCAGCAGCAGCAGCAGCAGCAGCAGCAGCAGGAGUAUGGGUGUGAUGGUUUUUCUUUUGCUUCUUCACGCUUAGCUUUUGGUGGUAGUGAGGGGGGAUGGGCUGAGGUAGAUAUUGUACUAACAACGUCUGAGCUGCCGCUGCUGCUGCAGGCAGCGGGGCGGGCCUUCAGCUGUCUCCCUGCUGCACCCCUGGACUCUCUGCUGCCCCCCAAUGCACUCAGGCUAGCAGCGCGUAGUUUGUAUCAAGCAGCAGCUGCAGCAGAAGCAGCAGCAGCAGCAGCAGCAGCAGCAGCAACGGCAGCACCGGAAGGAGAAGCAACAGAGGGAGGCUGUAGAAAUGCGGGUGCUUCUGACAGUGCUGCUGCAGCAGCUGCAGCAGCAGAAGCAGCAGCAGCAGCAGCAGCAGCAGCAAAUGAAGGUGCCCAGGAGGGUGUGAAGCUGCCUAUGGCGUCGCUUCGUGCUGCUGCAUUAGCAGCACCAAUAUUAUAUUCUUUAUCUGCGGUAGCUUCCUCUUUAUAUUCAUACAAAAGCAAAGAAGAAGCAGAAACAGGGGAGUUGAUGGGGUGUAUGUACACCUCACGCCCAACACCUACUCUUGCAGGCAGCGGGGGGUAUCUUGAGUUUCUCUUUAUGCAGACAGCGCGGGGCCUCUAUAACAAACAAACAGCAGCAACCGGCCUCCCUC